AUGGGCCUCGAGGUCGCGGAAAUCUCGGAAUUGGCGGCUCUCCGGCCGAUCCAGACCACUGCAGUCAGAGGCGCGCUGGCCACGGCAGCGGCAGCUGAUGACCACGAUGCUGCCACUGCUGCCGACACUGGCUGCGUCACACCGACGGCGAGAGCCACGGCGGGAGAAGCUAAAGACGAUGCUGCCGGGGACGGCAUUGGCUGCGCUACGCCGACGGCGAGCGAACUCGAGGAGGCACCGCAGCGAGAUGGUGGUGCCGACGACGCCAGCUGCUACGCUACGCCGAUGGCGUGUCGAACCACCAUGCCGCUAGACGUCUGUGAAUUCGACGCCGUCGCUGCUGCCGGCGACGCAGCAGCUGCGGUGAACUUCACCACGCCCACGUCCGACGAGUCCGCGCUAAGGCCGGCCACGGUGUGCCCGCCGGCGCCGCGGAAGCUGCCCCCGGCGCUGAAGAGGAAGCUGGCGCCGCUGCAGCAGCGGCUCUUCUACCCCGUGCCGCUCGACCUGGCCAGCGUGUUCAAGCCCGCGCCGCCGGCGCCGGCGCCGCCUGCCGCCAAGAAGAUGCGGGCGCACGUCGUGGAAUCAUCGCUGCCGCUGGGCACGUGA